CUGCACCGACACCGCAGGCGAGAAGUUCUAGUUCUCCAGGAUGUACGGCACGGCGAAAGAACGAUCGAGUCAGGAGAUUUCCCCACAGGAUAACCCGGUAACAGAGCGUCUAUUGCAGCAACAGCAGCGUGCUCAGUCCAAGACAGAGUAUCUACCAGCAGAUCGUUCCAAUUAUGGUGUAGAUUCCGAGUCCACAGAUCGUCCUAAGCAGCAGCUAAGAUCUCAACCCACUCAGGAGUAUGUGCCUUAUGAAACCUCUGAAUCAUCUGCGGAAAGAGUCAAACAGCAGCAAAGACCUCAAAAGGCCAAUGACUACUCCAAUAGUAAUACUACCUCAGAUGGUCAGUCUUAUGGUUCUGAUGUCGUGCCGACUGAUCGCCCUAAACAGCAGACACGAUCCCCGCAGAAUCCAGAGUACUUAACCAAUGCAGGUCCUUCUUACGACGCAGCUAGAGAUGAGCGCAACCCACAGCAGGCAUUGAGAUCCCAACCAGCUGCUGAUUAUCCAACCAAUAGCUCGUUAUAUGAGAGGCAACAACGUCCGCCGCCAACAACAAUUGACUACACCACCGGCUACAAUGCACCACCCAAAGAUCACACCCUUUCACGCAGCAAUUCUAGACUCACCAUCUCACCCAAUCCCAUGCUCCAAAGUAUACCCAAUCCCGAGUAUGUGCGACCACCACAGAACUUUGUCUUGCCACCGCAGAUGCGUCCGCCCGUUGGGCCACCACAGCCCCGUCCUCCGUUCGCCGGAGCCAGGCCGAUGGUCGGAAUGGGACCACGUCCACCCAUGCCACCGAAUAUGGCGGCCAGACCACCACCUUUGCGCAGCACAGACAGCAAAAGUAACCUGCUAAUGGGUCCACCAGGAAUGCGACCAGGAAUGCCACCGCAACUCAAUAUGCAGCAGGCUCGGCUGCCCAACUCCGGUGGACCACUUAGUCCUCCGGGACAAGGACCUCCAAGGCCACCGGGUGGAUUUCCCUGGAAUCCUGCUGGGGCUCCAGGAAUGCCGCCAGGUGCUCGUCCACCCCAGAAUAUGACGCGACCGCCGCCACCCACUUUUGCCCGCCCGCCACCGGGUCAACCACUGCAGGCACCCUUCAACCGACCGCCCUUCAACCAGCCGCCCAUGCAACCGCAACAGCAACAACCACCACAACAGCAGCAGCAGCAGCACAUGCAACCACCGCCUCAGCAACUACGCCCACUUUCGGCAGCCAGUGCACACAACAACAACGAUGAUGACGAUGACGUGGUCAUGGGUCCGGCGGUGACUCCGCUCAAGGCCUUUAACCAGAGAGCCGAUCCCAUGGGCGAGCCCCUUUUGGAGGACAUUGAGCCGCCCUUUGAGACGAGCCCGCCAGCGGGAGAUACAAAAAAGGGGCCCGGCUUUAAAGGUGACAAUGACAGCGGCGUGGAUGAGUCGACUCAGGAGAAGGAUCGCAACGGACCCAACUCACCCAGUUCACCGGUGAAGACACCCACAUCGACCUCAUCGAAACCAGACAAGUCGGGCACAUCACGCCCACCGAGUGCCACUCCUUCGAACAAAUCAGCCCCCAAGUCGCGCAGUGCAUCCAAGAAUCGCUUGCUCCUCAAGACCCCAGAGCCCGAGCCAGCCAAGAAAGUUCCAAUGAACAAGGUACAAGUCGGACAUGCGCCUUCGCCCAAUCUGAAGGCGGUACGUUCCAAAAUCGGAUCCCUGGACAAUGCCACCUAUAAGCCGGGUGGUGGCCAUGUGAAAAUCGAGUCCAAGAAGAUUGACAUCAAGGCGGCACCACGUAUCGAGGCCAAGAACGACAAGUACAUGCCAAAGGGAGGCGAGAAGAAGAUAGUUACAACAAAGUUGCAGUGGAAUGCGAAGUCGAAAAUCGGUUCGCUGGAGAAUGCCGCCCACAAGCCAGGAGGCGGGGACAAGAAGAUCGAGACCCUGAAGAUGGACUUCAAGGACAAGGCCAAGCCGAAGGUGGGCUCAACGGCCAAUGUGAAACAUCAGCCAGGUGGCGGUGAUAUCAAGAUCCAAACGCAAAAACUAGAAAUUAAGGCACAAAGCAAAGUUGGCUCUUUGGAUAAUGUAAAGCACAAGCCCGGUGGCGGUGAGAAGAAGAUUUUCGAUGAUAAGGAUUAUUUGAAAAAUGUUGAACACUCUGUUGCACUGACAACACCACCAACACAGAGUCCACUACCAUCCAUGACGGCUUCUGGCGCUGAUGAAAAUUUAAAUCAACAAAGCUAAAUGCCCGAAAUGCAUCUGAAUCCAAAUCUUUCUUUGCAAUCUAAGAUCGAAUGUGAAAUGAACAUUGAACAAACAAGCAGCUAAUUUGAAAUGUAUUAUCUAAGCAAAACAAAAACCACACAAUGCAAAACGAGAGUUAUGCGACUAUUUCCACACACCCUCACAUGCCAGUAAUAAGAUCAGAGCAAUUCGAUAGAGAUGCAAGCACGCAAUGAGAUGCAGAUACUCGUACAUCUACACCACCACAACCACCACACAUAGAAGCGGUAUUUGGUAUACAAAUCGAAAUCGAAAUAUAUUUGACUAGUUGAGCAAUGCACUCUUUAUCAUCAGAUACCAGACAUAAAUUAUAUAUCUCAAUGUAUUACCAGAACUUCAUAUAUAUACAUACAAAUAUAUAUAUAUAUACAUAUAUAUAUAAAAGUAUCUAAAUAUUUAAGCAAAUUAUACAAGAAUCGUACGAUUAAACUGUGUGCUUAGUUGAAAAUGUUACCACUUGACGUCUAAAUGUUAAACGACUAAGAUAAUGCGACCCAUUCAUUGAUUUGUAAACAGUUUUAGAUACUUUUGCGACGAAUAAAAGACCAAAACCAAACCAAACAUAACCGAAACGAUCAGAUAAUGAAAACCACGUAUAAGCAUAUUUUUACUAUUAAUUUGUAUCUUAUUAGUCAAGCGCAUCAUUCUCACGAUUUAUUUACACCCUGUUACAAAAUGUAAGAACAAUGGCAAAAUUUAAACAUAAUAAACAAACAAAAAAAACGUUUUUUCAUUUACCAAA